GACAGCUGGGACGAAAAGGCGCAUUAUCGCACACUGUCUUGCUCCUCUACCCGCAGACAGACCCCUCAAAAUCAGGCAGACUUCAACAGCCUAGACUUAAAUCCACCACCUGCUCUGCUCGCUCUUCGCUUUGUCUGGCCUCCCGUUGUCAUCCAUCGCAACAUCGUUAUCGCCUUCGAUACCAUCUCUCAUCUCAACCCGACAGAGUUCUGGACACCCGUGUCAUCACCGUCACCAUGUCCGUCUCCGUCAACCCUCGACGCAGGACUCCGGUGACUCGCCCGGAGUCUCCUGCCGGCACUGGCCUCACUCUUAAGACCAACAGCCUCCGCAAGGGCGCUACCUUCCACUCUCCCACCAGUCCUACCUCUUCUCUGGACGAUGCCUUGACUGCUGCCCCUCCAAGCCUGAGACGCUCCCAGACCAACCUGGACGACGUUGUCGACGCCCACUGCCGCCGCAUGGCCUUGAUUGUCGACGACAUUGACAAGUCGCUUGCCAACAUCACCCUUGUCUCCCCCAAGACCAAGUCUUUCCGCGACGACAGCCUUCCCGUUCCCAGAGGCUUCCUCAACCUGCCCGUUGUCGACCCCGCCAUGGCAAAGGAAAAGUCAAAGGAGACGGAACGUCGCAUUCUGCGUCCCAGAACCCGCCGUUCCUCGAGACAUCAUGAAUCAGACAGCGGACUCGGAACCUCUGUCGCACCCACCACUGAGACAGAGCCUGCAACCACUGCAUCAAAGAAGGCAUCCGCCAUCACCAGGUCCGCUGCCAACACUUCUUCUGCCACCAUGGAGAAGCUUCCCGCUCUCAGCUCCAAGGCUGUCAACCGCAUCCACGAGCACGUCCUUCGCCCUCUCAGGGCCAAGCCUGCUCUCAAGGACUUUGAGCCGAUUGUUCUUGACAUCCCCAGACGCAUCAGAGAGAAGGAGAUCAUCUGCUUGAGGGAUCUCGAAAAGACACUUAUUUUCAUGGCACCCGUAAGUCAUUCACUAAUUGAAACUGGAAACUGGGCAAUUACUUAUCGAUCGUUGAUGAAGGAGAGGACAAAGACCGCCGCCUUGUACCUCGAUUUCUGCCUGACGUCGAUCCACUGCAUUCAAGCAACCGUGGAAUACCUAAGCGACCGAGAACAGACUCGACCCAACGACCGCCCUUACACUAACGGAUACUUCAUCGAUCUCGUGGAACAGAUUCGCCAAUACGCAGGACAACUUGCUGCCGCCAAGGAGACUGGAUCAGACGCUGCCGAGAUGGACGUCGACCCGUACGACACCCGUGCCCAACUUGCCCCUCACUCAACUGACAUAUUCUGUAGUACCGACGAGAUUAAGCUCUUUGGAGGCAUCGCUGACAAUGGCCGCCCGGCCGAGCUUAUCCGCAUUCGCAAGGACGGAAAGGCUAUUUCUAUGGCCACUGGUCUGGAGGUCGAUCUGGAUGACCCCAAGAGCCCCAUUCAGAUGAAGCGCUCAUUGAGCCAGCAGUUGGAGGACGACGAGGAGAUCAUGCGUUCCAUGGCCCGUCGCAAGAAGAACGCCAGCCCUGAGGAGCUUGCGCCCAAGAAGUGCCGUGAGCCUGGCUGCAACAAGGAGUUCAAGCGUCCCUGCGACCUGACCAAGCACGAGAAGACCCACUCUCGUCCUUGGAAGUGCCCCGUCUCUUCAUGCAAAUAUCACAACUACGGCUGGCCGACGGAGAAGGAGAUGGACCGCCACCACAACGACAAGCACUCGUCAGCCCCGCCCAUGUACGAGUGCUUGUACAAGCCCUGCCCGUACAAGUCCAAGCGGGAGUCAAACUGCAAACAGCACAUGGAAAAGGCCCAUGGCUGGCAAUACGUUCGCACCAAGACCAACGGCAAGAAGCCUUCGAGCGUCGCCGGCAGUGUCACUCACUCCACCCCUCUGCUCAACCAAAUGCCUACUCCCUCUACAAGCAGUGCCGCUACCCCGCCUGCUCCGCUGGACCAGGCUCAGCAGUUCAACUUCAACGACCCUCUCCUGGCUCCCAUGCAUCCCAUCGGCCCCGUGGGCGACUUUGCUUCCCAUAUCGAUGGCAUGGAGUUCCCUUCCUACAUCUCGGACGAGGAAUUCGACCAAAUGGUUGGCGGUGGAUUCGAUGGACAGAUGGAUUUGGAGAUGUCCCUGUCUCCUUCCGACCACAACACCCCUGCCACCGAAAUCUCGAACGGCCCGUAUAUUUACCAGGACGGUCCCGACUUUACUGUGAACGAGGACAUUUACGGUGCACACGCUCAGAUUCCCACUCCAGACAGAGCCGUCUUCGCUCAGAAGGAGCUAAACAUGGCUUUCCCCAUCUACCAGCCUGCUCCUGCUUGCCAGCCUCAGAUUGCUCCUGUUCAGACAGCACCACACAUCUCUCCUAUUGGCCAGGGCAACGCGAUGCUCUUCACGCCAAACUCGUUGGCCGAAGUCGAUGAGGGCUUCGAGGACAACUACACUGGUGGUGGAAACGAGUUUUGCGGCAACGACUUCCAGCUGUUCCCCGCCAACAAUGUGACCAAAAUGUACGAGCCACUCUUUGGCGAAGUGCCAAGUGCUGGCUUGGGAUACUCGCAAGCGUCACAGGACCCGUUCCAGUCUAUCGACUGGAACCUGGAUUACCAGAACUUUCAAAGCCAGUAAAUGUUUACUAGGGCUUGGUGUUGGAAACUUGUGACAAAAACGUUGAUCUGGCGCGGGGCCAGCUAAU